AUGGAACCAUCUCCAGUUCCAAUGAGAUCUUUAUCUCCAACAAGAUCUCCUUUCCCUCCAACAUCAAUGUUUACUCCUUCAGCAGAGUUUUCUCCGCAACCAACAGAAACUGCUUAUCCAACAGCUUCCGCCACACCAAGAAAAAUACAUUGGAGUGCUUUAGGUAUUGCUUUGCUGGUGAUUGCACUGUUGCUUAUUCUUAUUGCUUUGUAUUAA